UGUGUGAGGCCACACCGCCGUGUGGGCUGAGGACGAUCCGCCGAUUCCCCGCCAGGCGGGUCCGCCAUUUCGCCGCGAGGCGGGGCCGCUGAGGCUGAGGCGGUAUCGCCAAUGUCCCCCUGAGGCGGAGCCGCCGUGCCGGCAGAGGCGCCAAAGGAGCCUUCUCCAUACCCCACGUUACCAUGGCCACCCACUUCUCCAAGGAUCAGGAGGAGAGAAUCAGGUGUGUGAAGGGGGACCUGUUCUCGUGCCCGGCCACGGACGCCCUGGCUCACUGCAUCAGCGAGGAUUGCCGCAUGGGCGCCGGCAUCGCCGUGCUCUUCAAGAAGAAGUUUGGAGGCGUCCAGGAGCUCCUGGAUCAAAAGAAGAAGACGGGGGAGGUGGCGGUUCUGCAGAGGGAUGAGCGGUACAUUUACUACCUGAUUACAAAGCAGAAGGUUUCUCACAAGCCCACGUAUGAGAACAUGCAGAAGAGUUUGGAAGCCAUGAAAGCUCACUGCCUCAACAACGGAGUCACCGACAUCUCCAUGCCCAGGAUUGGAUGUGGACUCGACGGCCUGCAGUGGGAAAAGGUGUCAGCCAUCCUUGAGGAAGUGUUUGACAACACUGACAUCAAGAUCACAGUUUACAGCCUGUAAAGAUCCCCCUUCCCCCCAGUUUUGGGAGCAGAACCUGUGAACUGAGGGGGGGCCUGUGUGGGGAGCACAUCCUGCACUCGGGUGUCACUCACUCGUGUGACAGUGACAGGGGUUUCCAGCAGCAGCAAGCUCCAGAGAAGUUCAUUUGGGCCGUUAAUUAGCAGGAGGCAGCGGCGCUGUCAGACCCCUCCCAGCGCGUCCCUGCAGCCGCCAGGUGUCACUGGGGCUCCACGCAGCGAAACCGAGCCGCUGCCUCGUGGGGCCUCGGGGUUUCUGUUUGCCUCGGUGCUGCUGAGCUGCCCCAGGCGCCUCUGCUUUGUUGUGUUUGCCCCGGGCACUGGGGUCAUUCACCAGUCCUCGCAGGUGAAACGGUUUCAUUUCUCCCUUGGGCCGCUAAUUAGGUUUGCUGAGGUCGUGCUCGCUCAGGAUCAUGCUGUGGUGUUAAAUAAACUCUGCCCUGCUGCUGGACUGGUACCUGUGGCUGUUCUGGGGACAGGCUGGGAGUGCUGGAGGGCAGUGCAUGCACCUGGUGGGUGUGCUGUAUACGGCAGCUCUGUAAUUCAUGGUCUGCAGAGCUCCGCUUGGUGAGGUUCCAAACGGGCUGAUGUGCUCUAAAAACUCACAGGAUGCAGUUAAAGGUGGGAUUUUCACUUUUUUGUUGCAUUUGUAGGCCAGGUGUUACACAGAGGUUGGUGUUUGUCACCCAAGAUAAAGGCAGAUAAAUACCACCCCUGUGGUUCCUGAGAUCCAGGAAAACUGAUUUGGGAGAGUUUGUUCCAGAACUGAGGAACUGCCACAGGAAUUUCCUUUGUGUUUGGUUUCCCACCCUCCCACAAUAAUUGUUUUAUUUUAUUUUUUUUUUUACUUCUCUCAUUCUGAAUGCCCAGAAAAGUGCCAGGUGUGUUGAAGAAAUAUAAAAAUAGGACAUAAGAGUUGGGAAUUUUGUAGCAGGUUCCCAGUUGGAUUUCCUUGUGAAGGGACUGGGUUACUCGGUUCUGUGGGGCUUUUUGCUGCUGCAAAUCUUGUUUGUCUUUAAGGUUUCCCUAUCCUUACUCUCCCUGUCCCUUGCCUGUAUUUUGUAAACCUGUUUGGUGGGGGAUUGCUGUAGCUGGGAAAACCAACCUUGGACAAAGAGGAGUUUGGAGCAGAGGGCUGAUCCAGAACAGGCAUUGAUGCUGCUCAUGGAUUCAGUCCUUCCCCUUAUUUGUGUCUGGGUUUUUGUUCUGGUUCCUUACGGCAUCCCCGUGAGCUUUGUUUUACAUGGAAAAUGAUCCUGCUCUCCAACACUUGUGUGUACUCUGGAAAUUUUUUAGGCAUUUAGUUCUCCCUUCCCAGCUACAAAAUAUUCCCUGUGUGGCUGUCCCUGGAUGUCCUUGAACUCAGACUUGUCAGGUUCAAUUUAGGACUUCUUGCAAGUAGAGAAGAAGGAAUAAACAGUGCUUUGGCUGUUGCA